GUUUGAUGGUUUUAUUUGCAAAUAUUGCGUGCUGCUCGGUGGCAUAUCUUUGGCUGACCUUGAAACGACUUUGCAAAAUAUGGGAUGGCUUGCAUUUUAUGUCGCUAACACUGAACACGCUGCGCAAUUCACAAAACACCACUUGCACUUGCAGUAAUUAAUUCGCAAACCACCAACAAUGAUAAUCCCAGUGCUCCACCUGCACCCAGUGCUCCGGCCUUCAAUACUGGUGGUUCGGGCGGUCAUAGCUUGUAUCCCAGUUUGCCGAGCGAUAAUCGUGGUUCCAUGGGUGGUGGCGGCGGUUAUCAGCCGGGCGGUUACAAUCCAGGUGGUUAUGUGCCACCAGGCUAUCAAGGUGGUUAUGGUGGUUAUACUCCCCCAGCUCCAGGUUAUGGCGGACAAGGUGGUUAUGGUGGUGGUCAUGGUGGUUAUACUCCUCCAGCUCCGGCUCCCGGUCGCAAUCCCACCAAAGAAAAAGAAGGUGGUGGUGGUUUCUUCUCCAAUUUUCUAUCCAGCCCUGAGGUACGCAACGCUGUGACCGGUAUUAUUGCCGGACAAAUUGCAAAUACUUUGAGAGGUGGCGGUAAUCAACAACCCAGUCAACCCAGUGGCGGCUAUCAACCUAGUGGUGGUUAUACACCAAGCGGCGGUUAUGGUACUGGUGGUGCUGGCGGUUCAUCCGGUGGCUCUUCUUCGGGCAGUACUGCCUCCAAUAUUUUGGGUGGUUUGUUGGGUAAUGUUUUGUCUGGCGGCGGUGGUGGGGGCAGCAGCAGUGGUGGUAGCAGUGCCAGCAGCUUUUUGGGUAGCCUUUUGGGCGGUGGCGGCUCUGGCGGUGGCCACAGCAGCUCUGGUGGUCUGGGAGAUAUUUUAUCUUCCAAGAAUUUCGGUGGUCUCUUCAGUGAGAAUCCCUCCAAAUCGGGUUCCUCUUCUUCCUCGUCUAGCUCGAGCGGUGCCAAGAACUACCCCACUCAACCACCAGCAUAUGGCAACUACAUGGGAUACAAUGGCUAAACAAAACCCAAAAACCAAAGUUUGAUUUUAUUCUUCGCGCAAAAUGAAAUGUUUUUGCCCAAAAAUUUAUAAUCGUAUUUUAUAACAAUUUUAAUUUUUUUGGAAUUCUACUAACAUUUGUUUUCCCCACUAUUUCUUAGUUAAAUAUAUAUUUCUUCCCAAAAAAAUAAAUAAAUAAAACUAACAACUAAAUAUAAAUAUAUACCAACAACUACAUACUCCUACAAUUUAAACAGAAAAUAUACAAUUAAGAAAGAUAAAUAAAAACAAUUAUUUUUAUUGAAAAAAAAAAAA